CAUGGAGACAAAAUUAUAUUACCAGCAACAGCACUUACACAACUACUAUCAAAAGCAGGAUCUGAACAAUUACCGUCACCUUUGACAUUUGAACUACGCCAUCCCCACACAAACGCAACAAUCCAUUGUGGUGUGAAGGAGUUUUCUUCCUCUGACACGGCUGAAUUACCGCUAUGGAUUCUGUCUGCCCUUGAUUUAAAAGAAGGCGAUCGUGUGCUUAUUCAAUUGCGAUUACUACCCAAGGGCACGUGGACAAAGCUGAAACCAUUAUCGGUAGAUUAUAAAGAGAUUACAGAUUACCGUGCUGCUCUCGAGGCUCAUCUUCGUGGGCAUUACAAUACUCUAACUACCGGUCAGGUUCUUUCCUGUCGGUAUGGUGGACGCACCUAUCAGUUUAAAGUGGUAGAGCUGAAACCUCAGGACGCAGUGUCAAUCACUGAUACCGAUUUAGAAGUAGAUAUUGAAGCA